CAGACCGACAGCAGCCAGUUCAAAAUCACUAGACAGAAAAGUAGUGUUGGUUCUUCCUUCCAUCUUCUUCUUCUUCUUCAGCAUGGCUAGGUCUAUUUCAAAUUUGCUCUUCAAGGGUCUCUCAUUUUCAAGCGUCCCAGCUUCUCGUUCUUCCACUAUUGCUCCUGGGCUACUUUAUCUCAAUGGAAUGAGAUACUCCACCUCUGUGCCGAAUGAUCCCGACACGCAUGAUGACUUUAAACCCACGGAUAAGUUUAAGGGUUCUGGCCUUAGCUUGAAGGACAUUGUUGAACGGGAUGUCAAGGAAAACCCUGUAAUGCUUUAUAUGAAAGGAGUGCCUGAUUCUCCUCAAUGCGGAUUCAGCUCACUUGCAGUCAGAGUGUUAUCACUAUACCAUGUUCCUUUGAGUGCUAGAAAUAUCUUGGAAGAUCCUGAGCUGAAAAAUGCUGUGAAAGCCUAUAGCACCUGGCCAACAUUUCCACAGAUUUUCAUCAAGGGGGAGUUUAUUGGAGGUUCAGAUAUUAUUCUCAAUAUGCAUCAGAACGGUGAGCUUAAGGAAAAGCUUAAGGAUAUUGCAGCCAAUCAGGAGAAGUCUGAAUGAGUUGUUGAAUCUGAAGACGUAUAUCAAAUUUCAGUUUGGUUGUUUCUGAAAGUGACAAAAGUAGUUGUCUUGUAUCCUCGAGUCAAUAAUUUCAAAAUUUUGUUAUACAGCAAUAAAAUGUCACUUAUUCUUUGUUCA